AUGGAGGCUACCAAGGAUCUUGGACAUUUCAUGGCUGUAAAAACUCUGGAGAGCAUUGGGGAUUGCGAAGUUAGACCGAACAGAGGGGAUGUGUUUUUCCCUAUUGUCUUCAUUGGAAUUACCUUCAAGAUGUUCAGGGGAGAGAGUUGGGUAGGGGUUGUACACAAAGUACUAAAACAUGGAGUUUUCUUGAAAUGUGAACCGGUCCAAAAUCUGUCUCACCUAAAAAUGACUCACUAUCAUUAUGUGCCUGGGGAGAAUACUAUCUUCAUGAAUGACAAGCAGUCGAGGUUUGAGAAGGAUCUUGCCAUGCGAUUCAUGAUUGGAACCAAGUGGUUGUAGCAGAGAGAAUUUAGGGCAUUGGAGAGUUUAGAAGGUGAUUAUUUAGGACCAGUUUCUUGA